GAGAAUUACUCUAUCACAUCUUUAAAUACCACCAUUGGACCACCCUAACAUGAAAUUCAUCCCUUUCGAUCUUUUACUUUAGUCAUAGCUAUGUCUCAUUCUUUGCUUCCUUUAGCCUUUUUUGUGAUCCUACUCGUACAGGUCGUGGUUGCCGUUGACCCAAAUUGGUAUGAUGCUCGUGCAACCUUCUAUGGUGACGAGGGAGGUGCUGAAACCAUGCAGGGGGCUUGUGGUUAUGGUGAUCUAUUCAAACAAGGAUAUGGACUUGCAACUACAGCACUAAGCACAGCUCUAUUCCAUAAUGGAGCUACUUGUGGUGCAUGUUUUGAGAUCAUAUGCGUCAAUGAUCCACAAUGGUGCAUAGAGGGUGCAGGCUCAAUCAUAGUAACCGCAACAAAUUUUUGUCCUCCAAAUUACACCAAGCCUAAAGAAAUUUGGUGUAAUCCUCCACAAAAACACUUUGACUUAUCAUACAAAAUGUUUACCACUAUUGCAAAAUAUGAAGCUGGUGUCAUCCCCGUUAAAUAUAGACGUGUUCCAUGCAUCAAAAGUGGGGGGGUUAGAUUUGAGCUAAAUGGAAACCCUUAUUUUGUAAUUGUUUUAGUGUAUAAUGUUGCUAAUGCUGGUGAUGUUACUCGUAUGAGUGUUAAAGGUUCUAACACUGGAUGGAUUCCCAUGUCACGCAAUUGGGGACAAAAUUGGAACCUUGGAAGUAAUUUGGUUGGACAAGCAUUGUCAUUUUGGGUUACUACAAGUGAUGGAAAAGCUUUGGAGUUUAGUUCGGUUGCUCCUUCCAAUUGGCAAUUUGGUCAAACCUAUGAGGGCAAUGGAAAUUUUUUAUGAUUUGAAUAAUUUAAUUGAGAAGUAUCAUGUAAUUUUAGUGUAAACUUGUACACUUUUAUAUUGCAUAAUAAUAAAUAAAGUUUUGUUAAAUAAAA